ACUGCGCUCCAAGCAGCUUCACGGCGCGGCAAUAUCGAUAUGGUGCGGCUUCUACUGCAAUCCGGUGCAGAUGUCAACAUUCUCGAAGGAAAAUGUCAAACUGCCCUGCGUGCUGCAGCUUGCGCAAAGGGCCACCUCGAAAUAGUCAAAACUCUCUUGGCUCACGAUGCAAAUGCAGAAAAGGUCAUCCACAGAUCCAAAACACCACUCCAAGUUGCGACGGAAGCAGGUCACUUACAAAUCGUUCGGGCACUCCUCGCUGUAGGAGUUGAUGUCAACCGCAGCAAAGGAAAAUUCAGGACCGCACUUUCAGAGGCAUCAUACCGCGGCAAUCUUUCCAUAGCUGAGCAGCUGCUUGACUCCAAAGCAAGUAUUUCG